AUGUGCUGCUUUCUCCUCUUUAGGCGUAAUUGGCUGUGUCAGGUGCUGCUGAGUCUGCAUCUGCAAAAACUCUGCAAGACACCCAAUGUUUUUGUCCUUGGAGGAGUUGCCCAACACCACGAGCCUGUGGCAGGUGCUGCUGAUUCCACACAUGCUCCAGGUCUGCAAGAGCCAGAUGGACCAUCCUUGGAUGAGUUUCUUGACAAUUCAUGUGAGCAGAAGCUUGUAGAAGGUGUUGUUUCAUCCUUUGAGAAGUUGCUCGACACUACAUCAUAUGAAGAAUCAAACAUCGCCAACCCACGGACAGUGACACAGAACUCCAUUGAUGUCACAUCCAGAACAUUCCCAACCAGGUCUGAAAAUUUUGUGGCAGGUCCUGCUGACUCAACAUCUGCACUAACUCUGCAAGAGCCAGAUGUUUCAUCCUCGGACGAGUAUCUUGACAGUUCAUCGGAAGAGUCGAUCACUGACAGUCCACGGACAUUGCCGCGUAACACCAUUCAUGGCUCUCCACCAACUCUUGGGCCUAAUAUUUUGAUCUACCAUCCUGCAAACUCAUUUGAGGUGUUUUACAUUAGGAUUGACAUGAGGGGAUCUUUCUGGAUAUACCCUAAUGUGGGUGGACCAUUUCAGAGCAUAGAUGAAACUGAAAUGCUAUCAAUAGCUUUCUUGAUUUAUGGCAGUGUGAAGCAAGGUGGUCAUUGUUUUGGCUGUAAAAACAAUGGAAGUCCUGAUAUGCAGCACCCGGUUGAGACUGAUGCAUACACUGGUGGUCACUUGGAUGGAUAUUUACCAUUUGGUGGUUAUUAUGUGGAAGAUGAAGAUGAAGAUGAAGAUGAAGAUGAAGACGAAGACGAAGGCGAAGAUGUAGAUGUAAUGCAGGAAGAGUUUGAGCUUUUCUGGUCUGGGCCAAUUAUAUUGUGUCAGUUGGAUUACUUUUGUUACUGCUUCAGCCGAAAUGCCUUGUUGGUCUAG